GUUCAGACAAUGGAUUUUAGUAAAGAAAACAAAAAUAUUUAUUUAAAGUAAAAAAGGGAGGAUUAAAAAGCAUGUUUUUAGGUAUUUUUAUGUCUCAUAAAUGUGCCAAAAACGAAAGUAUAGUGAAAAUAAUUCACGUUAAAAGAAAUAUAUCAAAGUAAAAAAUACCAAUAUUCCUAUUAUGUAAUUAUUAACAUUUUUAAACCACUACCUAUUGGCUUGAAAUGCAUAUUGGUUUUAAAAUGAUAUGGGAAUGGCUGUACAUGUAACUAAAUGGAUGACAUUAAUUAAAAAGCCACACAAUGUGAAUUUCUGCUCAAAAACAACCAAAAACCAACAAACAUUGGAAUCUUCUUCAAACAAUUCAAAAAAUAAUUUAUCCAAAGAAAGAAAAUAUCCAGAAGAACCUACAACAUGUUGUAUGUCAGGCUGUGCUAACUGUGUGUGGAUAGAGUAUGCAGAUGAACUCCAGAAAUAUUUUCAGGAUGGAGGGGAGAGAGCUAGAGAAGAAAUUAAUAAUAGAGUAACUGAUCCAAACAUGAAGGCAUUUUUGUCACAUGAGCUUAGAAUGAGGAAUAUAAAAUAAAUAAAUAGAUAUUUUCCUGGUUUUCUUUUACUACCUAUUUAAUAGAAAUGUUUACUGUUGAAUUGUUAAUUUGUAUUGUUUUAAAUAGUCAGCCGUUUUUGUUGACAGAUGAAUUUUCUUUUUCAGUUGGAAAUAGGACAUUCUUCUCCCUAAGAUACUUUAUAUCUUUAUGAUGCUCUGUGGAUUCUUGUGUAGAGC